AUGGGGAAGCGCGAGCGCGGCCACGCAGGCGGCGCGGCGCGAGGUGCCGCCACCGCCGGCAAGGCGACGCGGGCGCCCGCCGACGACGGCGCGAGGAAGACGAAGCAGAAGAAGAAGAAGGCCAGGCACGCGGCCGCGGCCGCGGCCCCGCCGUUCGCGGACCCCGAGGAGUGGGCCGCGCGCGACCCCGUGGGCUUCCUCACGUGGUGCGCGGAGCGCGGCCCGGCGUCGCGCGACGCGUUCUGGAGCAAGCACUGGGAGCGCGCGGCGGCGGUGUUCCGCGCGCCCGCGCCGCGCAGGGCCUUCUUCGAGGGCCUCGCGGGGCUGGAGGACGUGUGCGAGGUGGCGGAGGAGAUGGCGGCGGACGACGAGGACGGUCCGAUGCUGUUCGGGCGGGACGUCAACGCCGCGCGGUACCGCGGCGGCGUCCGCGAGACGCCCAACGGCGACGUCGCCACCCCCGAGGUCCUGCACGCGCUCUUCCACGAGGAGGGCUGCACGCUGCAGGUGCACCAGCCGCAGCGGUGGUCGGACCGCCUCUGGCUGCUGUGCUCGUCGCUCGAGGCGCGGCUCGCGUGCCUCGUCGGCGCGAACGCCUACCUCACCCCCGCGGGGCGCCAGGGCCUCGCGCCGCACCACGACGACGUGGAGAUCUUCGUGUGUCAGACGCGCGGGACGAAGCGCUGGCGGCUCUACGCGCCCGUGGACGGCUUCGAGCUCCCGAACGCGCCCUCGGGCGACCUCCCGCGGGACCGCGUCGGCGCGCCGACGCUCGAGGUGGAGCUGGCGGUCGGGGACGUGCUGUACCUCCCGCGGGGGACGGUUCACGAGGCCGUCGCGGGGGACGGCGACGCGGGGUCCGCGCACGUGACGAUCAGCACGUACCAGCGGUGGUCGCUCGCGGACCUCGCGGCCAACGUGCUGCAGGUGACGCUCAACGAGCGCGACCCCGCGCUGGCGGCGCCGCUGCCGCUGCGCCGCUCGCUGCCGCCGGGGUUCCUGUACGCGGCGGGCGCGCAGGCCGACUUCUCGGCCGCGUCGCGCGCGGCGGCGUCGGAGGUCGCGCGGGACCUCGCGGGGGGCCUGCGCGCCAUUGCGGACCGCCUGACGCGGGAGGACGGGGGGGUCAGUGGGCCGGGGGGGUCGCUGGUGUCGCUCGCGACGGACCUCAUGUCGCUGGACUUCUGCAGGGCGCGCCUGCCGCCGCACCCGCGGCUCAUCCGCGACAUCGGCCCCCCGCCGGCGGGGCGCGGCGCGCGGGUGGUGGCGCGGAUGCCGGGGAUGGCGCGCGUGCUGCCGGUGCGCGGGGCGCCGCUCGGCGAGGAGGGCGACGAGGAGCUGGUGCGCGUGGAGUCGUGUCUGGACAACCCGCGGCACACGCACAUGCUGGACGCGGGAGGGGGCGAGGACAUGGGGGGGAGCGAGGACGAGGAGGACGAGGAGGACGACGUGGAGGGCGAGGAGGAGGACAGCGACGAGGAGCCGCCGCAGCUGGUGCCGGCCGCGGGCGGGAAGAAGCAGGACGCGGGGGGGGGGAAGGUGGAGGCGAGCAGCAGCGACGAGGACGAGGACGGCGUGGGCGGCUACGCGUCGCUGUCGGACGACUCGGACGCGGAGGAGGCGAUCCUGGGGGCGCUGGACGACAGCUCGGACGAGGAGGAGGGGGGGAGUGACGGGAGUGACGGGAGUGACGGGAGUGACGGGAGUGACGGGGAGGGGGGUCUGCUGUUCCCGAUGGAGCUCGCGCCUGCGCUGGCGGCGAUGUUGUCGGCGACGGACCCGCGGGGCGUGGCGGUGAGCGACCUGCCGCUGCUGGUGCCGGAGGGGUUCGCGGAGGACGGCGACGCGGCCGCGGAGGUGCGGCGGGAGGCCGCGCUCGCGCUGUGGAACGAGGGCCUCGUCGCGACGGUCGACCCGGGGGAGGCGGAGGAGGGCGGGGGGGGGAGUGACGGCGACGAAGGUGUUGACAGCGGGGCCGGGUCGGAGUCGGACGGCAGCGAGGACGACGGCGAGGACGACGGCGAGGACAGCGACGCGGUGGAGCUGGACGACGCGCAGCUGGAGCUGCGGGACGAGGACCUCGAGGAGCUGCGCGCGGCCGGGUACGACCUGGAGGCGAUCGAGCGGGCGAUCGCGGCGGAGGACGGCGCCGGGAAGAGGAAGGGCGAGCCCGGUGGGGUCGCACAGGUGGGGGGCAAGCGGCGGAAGAAGCAGCGGUAG